CUGGGAUGAUGAACCGAAUGACCCCCGAGCAGGAGCGGGCGCCGGCGUCCGAGCCCGUGUGGGAGCGGCCGUGGUCGGUGGAGGAGAUCCGCAGGAGCAGCCAGAGCUGGUCGCUGGCGGCCGACGCGGGCGUGAGAGGCGGGCCCGGGGACGCGAGGGCGGCAGGGGUGACGCUCGGCCUGCGCGGGAGGACGGGGCCGCGACUGCCCCUGCACCCGGGCCGCCGGGUUGCCCGCCCUCUUAGGAGCACAGGCCCCUCAUAGCCCCGGAGAAUGCCAG